GAUAUUACUGAUGACUAUCACUUAAAACCAAUAAGUACUUCCAAAAAUAUGAUGCCUUCAAAUGGGGUUCAGAAUCGGCGAAAGUAACAACAAAAUAACUGUUUGCCGGCAAAAGCAUCGAACGCGUUUAAAGUGAUGAUAAUGGUAAGGCAACCAUAAAAAUCUAAAAAACCAUUGCAAGCGAAGCCUUACAAUAAUUAGGAGAAGGUGUAAUUUAAUAAAGAGCGGAUAGGAAACAGAAGAGCAGAGGUAAUUAGCUCCAAAUUUACUAAUUGCCGUUACCUGCAAACAACAGCAACAACAACAACGAGCUAAAUAGCAACAACUUCCUUUGGAAACCGCAAAAGCGCAACCAACGUCUAUGGAAAUCCAAUUGAAGAGACGUCGACCACCACAGCAGGAAGAACAACAACAACCAUACCGACUGCUACAAACGCAAUCACAAUACUACCACAACCAACUGCACCAAAAGCAACCUCAGCAGCAAAAACAAAAGAAACACAAACAGCGACGACAACGACCGUCUCAGCCACAACCACAGUCAGAGCCAGAGCAACCACAGAGGAGAGCAAUACGCUGUAGCUGUAGUAGUUAUAAUGACGAAAUUAGUUAUAUGCCUCUUAUUUUUCGGACUAUUCACCAUCCAGACGGUCGGCCACAUGAACAGUGACCCAGCGCCAGGCCGUUCACCAGGACCGCCUCCCGCUCAACUAAGUCUCGCUGCAGGGCCGCCCGUGGCGCUAAACGAACGCACCGCAAAAUAUGCUGCCACUACUGCUCCCGUAACCAUCGACACAGCGACCGCCCUCGGCACUGGGACUACAACAACGGCGGCGCAAAGCCAGCAUCACAGACAAGACAAAAAUGGCGAGCGCACGCUGGCACAAACGACAGGCCGCAAUUACGGUAAUAACAGUAACAAUAAUAAUAAAGAUGUUGGGGUGGGUAAAAACAGCAACAACAACAACGAACAACAAUUAGUUUCCGGUAUACCAGAGUUAACCAACACCAAUGAGAUUAACAUCAAAUUAAACAAAUUAGCCGACACGACAACAGCAGCUGACCACGUCGUCGCCAAUGAUUACACAUACGAUAAUGUGGCACACGUGAUGGCAGAAGCGCGGCUGGUACAGAAGUUGCCGGAACCAGCGAGUGAAAUCAUAAAAAAAUCUGUUACAGGCACAGCAGCUGCGGCAGCGUUAAUUGUGCAGGAGGCGAAAACGAACACUAUUAGUAAUGCGAGAUCCUGUCACGAUGGUUUUAGUGAUUUCCUCAACGAUGUAGUAGACGUUGAUGAAGAAGAGCAAACGGCGGCGAAUGGUGAGAACGUUUUCGAUGCGCGCACGCGAAACGGCGGACAGAUGGGACAUCAUUUGUUUAUAGAUUUGCAGCUGGAGCAUAAUGUCUUCGAAACGUCUGCGGCGGGCAUCAAUUGUGGUUUGAUGUAUCAGGUGCGGCUGAUGACAUACGCCACCAAGCCAUCAACGCCCAAGGCUGCUAGUCGGUUGACAAGAGCUGAUGCGACACUAACGCAGCCAUUAGACGACUAUUCGUACGCAGAAGUCACUACAGAGGAUGCGAGUACAAAAGCGAAAGUGAAUAGCCAGGAAGACGUCAGGGACAACACAGCCGGCGAAGGGUAUGACAAUAGGAGCGGCAGUGGCAAUGGCAGCAACAGAAGCAGCAGCAACGGUAACAAGUUACAUUACACGGGGGAAUUUUUUGUAGAAACACUAUCGACAUUAAGCGGCCGCGAACGUGGCAGUUUUGUUGAUCACCAUUCAGCGAGCAACAAGUUGCCAAUUUCAUGGUUCAGUUCACUUCAGCGCAAUGACGGCAGCCGCCGUGAUGGCGUUGAUGAUGAUGAUGGCAGCCGUGAAUCCGAAGCGGAAAAAAACGAUUUCGAUUCGGCUACAUCAGCAUCGGAUGAGGAUAAUUUCGCUUUCGGCCAUGAUUACGAAGCCAUAGGCAGCGGCCAUGGCCACUUUCAACAGCAGCAGCAGCAAGUUUUUGCUACCAAAUGGUUGCAACAGAGCUGGGAUAAAGCUAACCAUCGACGGUCGCAAAAUAAUAGUAGUCGAAAUGCUAGAAAAAUGUGUCCAGAGAAUAAAUGGCACGGCAGUGCUAAUAGCGAACAACAAAAUGAGCAGCAGGAAACAACGAGUAGUGGGAAUAGCAAUGAGAGCCGUGGAGGUAGCGGUGCUGGUGUCGGGAGCGGACACGCCAGGGAUAGUCGCAAUAAAAUGGCGAACGAAGUGCACACAGAGUCCUUAGGCUUUUGGAUGUUAAAUGAGUUAUGCGAGCAGGAUGAUACAAUCGAAUUCAGAGUUUUUUUUCGUGCGACCUUCCAGAGUGACAGUGCUGGUGACACCAACAACUACGGUAAUGAUAACAGUAGCUACAACAACAACAACAAUGACAACACAAAACUCGAAGCACAACAUGUGGUGUUCAAAAAAACUUUUAAAUUUCAACUACGUAAAGACUGCCAAUUGCUAUUACGAGAAGUUUCCCGAGGGUCGUUGGAUUACACAGCACUUCCAUUGUACAGCAUCGACUGCUCGGUACAUUUCCCUCCGUAUCGACUCUUCGAGCCAGACAGUCCCUCAGCGACUGCGAAUUUGGAGAAAGGCGACGUCCCACCGGCGGGCAUACUCGUUGAACUGCAGCGACUGAAUGUACCUUGCAACAGCGGUGGCUUCAUACGUUUCAACGAUCGUUCGCGAUUGUGUGGCAAGUUGGAAGAGCUGAAUGCUGCCGAUCGGAGCUAUCACUUCGAUGUGCGUAGCCGCACCACAGUACACUUCCACAAGAGUCCAAUGUUCAGUCUGAGCUACAAGCUAGUAGACUACUGUUACAAUCUUACAACGAGUAAUCAGUCGGGCGAGUAUUAUGUUCGCCCAAGCAUGCGCGAUGCACUGGAGUGCUACUUUCGUAUCCAUCUGCCAUACGGUAAUCGCAUAAGUCUAACGCUCGUAACGAACAACGAUAGCGCCAUACUACAGCCAAAUGACGGUAUUCAACUGAAUGCUGCUGGUGAGCAGGACACUUUCAACAUCUACACCACGCAGGGCGUACAAGUCGACACGCAGCGCAUAAAUAUGACCGCCAAUAGUGGCACUGGGAGCGCAAAGAAGAAUCCCAUUGCAACAACACUGUUUAGGCGUACCGAGCCCAAGGCGGCGGCACGCACUGAUGAUGACUCAGGCACGCGGAAUGCUUACAAUCACACGCGAAAGCAUAUUAAUAAGCGCUCUACCAGUGCGCUCGAUGGAUUUCUGAGGCUCAUGGAAAAUCAAGUGAAGGAUUUUAACUACGGCGCCAGCGGCAAACCUUUGCAGGCGGUCAAUGAUAUUUCUAACUGUGAUGGCGUAGUUAUUAAGGUAUUCGAAAGCGAUUACAUUCGCUGGUCAUAUUGCAUAAACGACACAAACCGCAUGCGUGCGUUUAUUCUAACCUCAACGGGAAACACGCUGAGCAUACAUCUCUUCAAAGCAUCGCGUGCCACAUAUAAUACCUUGCCUCUAGGUGGGGACUUGAGUUCAGGCACGGACAACAAUACAUCCUUUACUAAACUGCCGACUAUUUAUUUGGCCUACAGAGCGCUGCCUAUUACCGAAAUCGUUUCUAGCUGCGACUUCGGCUGGAUUGCAAUGCAGCAAUUUUGUAUAAACGCCAUCGAAACGGUCAUGUCUUGGCCAGAUGCCGAGGAACAUUGCGUAAAUUUAGGCGGCCAUUUAGCUUCCAUUCGCACUGAACAGCAACAACAAAUAGUCAAUGAGUUAGUUUUCAACAGUCCGGGUUAUAGUGAGCAAAACGCCUACUGGGUCGGUGGCUCGGAUAGCAGUUAUGAAGGAGACUUUCGCUGGAGCGAUGGGCUGUUGUUUCAAUAUACAAACUGGUUUCCGGGAUGGACGGAACACAGUCACUAUAAUAAGCAGCCCAACGAUGAUGGUCUUAGCAGCCAAGACUGUAUAGAACUCCGUCGUUUUUUUCGCACACCGCCAGGUAUUCAAACGAACCGCAACCCAUUGACGAGCACAUUCAUGUGGAACGAUCGCGAUUGCAGCGCGAAAAAUUUUGUGAUAUGUGAGCGAGCGAUGAGCGAAGACUCUUUGCGCCGCAGCUGGAUAAAUGACUGCAAUAAGACUGUCUCGUUGACAAAGGAGCAUCCGCGUGCCUCCAUUUGGAGUCCCUCAUUUCCACGGCAAUAUCCUGACAAUGCUAAUUGUUUUACAACAAUAACAGCGCCAACGGGCUAUCGCGUUGUCAUCGAAUUUGAGGAGCUUGUGAUCGAGAAUGAAGCGGGUUGUAGCUAUGACUAUUUGGAAAUUACCGAACCCACGCACUACGAUAAUUUCAAGACUACAAAAUCUUCCAAAAACAAAAACACAUUAAAUAUAAAUAAUAGCAGUAAAAGUAGUAUUAACAUAAGUAAAACCUUUCGAAAGCGAAGUUCUUAUGAGAAACCUAGCCUUAGUUCAUCGCAUACUAUGCCUACAUCUACAUCUACAUCUACAUCUAGUAAUUCUAAUACAAACUCCUAUUCUAAUACAUAUACUAAUUAUGCUAAUGCGAAUGCUGUAAAUAAUAUACAUAUGGAGGCGAAUAUGAAUUUGAAUGUGAACGCAAAUGCAAACUACAACACCAACUAUUUGUAUUCGAAUAGUUAUAACAACUAUAAUCUCGCGCAAACGAAUUAUCAAAAAUUGCUACACAUCUUCUCGAGUCUCUACCGACCGCACACGAAUUACUUAAUACAGACACCGGACUAUCCACGAGGGAAUCCCAACUAUCCAGCUAAUCAUCACAAUCGCAUGCGCUCCGCAAUCGGCAAUGUGAAUUCGAACGCGUUGCCAAAACGUUUAUGCGGUGAUUGGAGCUCCAAACUGAAGUUGUUGCGUCACGUCUCGACAGGCUCAUAUUUGGGUUUGCACUUCGUAUCGGACUACUCGCACCACUUUGGUGGCUACAAAGCUAAAACUUAUAUGGAGAAUACUGCUUCUGAAUGCGCCAACGAACGUUUAAAAUAUUAUAAUGGUUCCUGCUAUCUGUUCAUUUCCUAUCCCGAGGUUGAUUGGUGGACCGCGCAGCAAGUAUGUCGCGGUAUGGGUGCACGACUUUCAUCGGUAUCGUCCUCCGAUGAACACAGAUUCAUUACAUCGAACAUUCGAAAUCAAAUUGAUUAUUCGCCGCAGCUAAUCUAUUGGCUUGGUGCGGAGCUGGAAAAAAGCGGUCAGUUUGAAUGGACCGAUGACACAAGGAUGAGUUUCCAGGGUUGGUUGCCUGGUCAAGGACAAUUUGAGGAACUGCCCAAAGAUGCUAUUUGUUUGGGGCUGCAAUGGAAGAUGUCGCCAACGCCAAUGCUCCCGUCAGGUCUGUAUUGGCAAUCACAAAAGUGCAGUAAAGGCGGUGGAUAUGUAUGUAAAAAACCGAAGGACUCAUAUGGUACAUUUUCCGCCAACAACCUAACUGUAACAGGUACAGAGGGCAGGCUGGUGUCACCAGCCUACCCCGACACUUAUCCCCUCAACAUGGACUAUUGGGUACACAUCAAAACACCAGAGCGUACCCGCAUUAUACUUCAGUUCCAAAAGAUAGAUUUAGAGCCACAGGAUGAGUGUCUUUACGAUUUUGUGAGCAUAGAAGAUUACGAAUUAGCCUCUCACAUAACCCUAGAGCCCGGGAGCAAUCCCUUGCCCAUGGCUAUGUUAACUUCAGAAGAAGAACUGACAUCGACCGACAAUGAAGUAGACAUUGGUGAAUUCGAAUCAGAUUACAGUAAACGACCGAAACGUAGCAUAAGAAGAGGUCUGCAUACACCUCCAAAGCAAGGCAACCACGAAAGACCCAACACUGCCAAAAAGGAAUAUACAAAACAAAGUCAUACUAGGAAAACUUUAGUACACAAAUAUGAAAAAAGCAGAAGAACGCACAGGGCGAGGCAAAGAUUUAGGCGAGAGGUGCUUUCGAAACCGCCACACAAGACCAAUAGGUGGAUUCACACGGCACACGGCGGCGCCAUUAGCGUCAUAACGAAAUAUCAAAAUCCUAAACAUCGUCGCCGAAAAGCGAAAAGACCGCGUCGCAAGCGCAAUAGUAUUUUAGAUGAUGGAGAUUCACUAAUGGUACCACUACCUGUGGAUAAUGCACAAUCAUUCCUGCCAUAUGUACGCUGGUGUGGCACGCACACCUCAAAUAUGUCCAAAUUUGAUUUUGUUUCCAGCUCAAAUGAGGCUAUGCUGAAUUUUCAUAGCGACUACUCUGUGAAUGGUAUGGGGUAUGCGGCCACAUGGAAGGCCAUCGAUAUAUCUGGUUGCCCGCUACAAACGCUAACCUCACGCGAGGGCACCGUCCUCAGUCCGAACUAUCCACAUUUUUUACUCAACAAUUUGAAUUGUGCUUACGUGAUACAAGCGCCAGCCGGUAAACGCGUCUGGCUCGAGUUCAAUGAGUUCGAUUUGAAAGUAGACGCAAGUUUGGAAGUGGACAUUGGUAGCGGACUGCUGCGACCGUUUCGCACAAAAGAACUAUUGAGCGAGGGUAUAUUCGUAAGCGAGCGUGAACAGCUGCGCAUACAGUUUCGCACUGGACCACAUCCGCGCGGCAAAGGGUUCCAAGCUGUCUACCGCACAGUGGCACCCUUGGAGCGACGUGAGCGUAUAAUCAGCUUGAACUACAACAGCAGCGGACAACUCUAUCAACUCAACUACCCGCAUGCAAUGCCAGAAAAUGUAGACUUUACACACCAUUUGGUGGCGCCGUUUGGACAGAAUAUUUUGCUAGAGCUACAUGGCGUUGAGUUUAGCGAGAAUGGCGGUUGUCCCGAUGGUAGCUUGCUAGAGGUCUAUGACAACUAUGCCGACAACAAUGGCACAAACUGGCAUUUAUGCAAGUUUCAGCAGCCUACUACUCUACCGCACAUCGGUUCACCAGACAGUCAACAGACCUCAAAAUAUGGUGGUCAUAUGCAGGAGACAUUUUAUAACCGUGACCGUCCCAACCGUUUAAUGAUACCAACAACGAAGGCGAGUAGUAGACUUCAAAUGCGUGUAGUAGAUGCCACAGCGCCACCUGUGUAUAUAACAUCCUACCUGAACACGCUGCACAUACGCCAGCGCACAGGUCUGCACUCGAAUGCGCUACUAAAUGCAACUGUGUCAAUACAAUGGGAUAAUACCUAUAAAAUGAAAUUGACUGCCGGCGAUAUUACAGUCGAAUCCUGCCAACCAAAUCCCUGCCAGUUUAAUGGCAAAUGCGUGCCCAACAAUGGGUCGAACUAUUGUCAAUGCCAGGGGCACUACACGGGCAGAUUUUGCGGUUUGAAUAUUUGCGAGCUCGAACCCUGCGUGUUUGGCAGAUGUGAGUUGACUACAAAUAGCUUCAAGUGUCAAUGUCAGCCGGGUUACAUGGGUCAAACCUGCGAGCAAAAACAAAGGCCUUGUGCUGAGAAUCCCUGCGAAGGACGUGGCGUUUGUUUUGAACGAAAUGGUGGCUACUUUUGUCGUUGUCAUGCUUGGUGGGAGGGUGCAAGGUGUGAGCGCCGUAUGCUGCAUAUACCUUAUAAGCCGCUAUCGGAACGCAUGCUACAAGAACCAUUUUGGCUGGGUUUAAUCACAGUGUUUGUUGUAUUGGCUGUCAUCGGCUUGGUGUGGUGUGCUAAGCGGCACUUCCCAGAGAAAAUCGAAAAACUACUGGCCGAGGAAGCAGAUCGAAAUCGACCACCUGGUUCCAUACAUGGGCAUCAUCAUCACACAUCAUUACGCGAGCAAUUGCAAUUUACAACUGCCAUUCCACAGUCAACCGGCAAUAUCGCACCGGGCACACAGCGCUCCAUAUUCAACAGAUUGGGUAUCAGAAAACCGUCACUUUUGAGCCUCAGCAGCCCCAAUCCAAUACCUGGAGGGGGAGGGGCAGCAGCGCGUACAUUUUCACUUGACGAUCUAUUACGACCGCCUCCCCGACGUUCGCCGUCGCCACGCAAGAAGCGCAACAAUUCGACACCUGUAAAGAAAAAUGCCGCUGAAAAGAAGCAAAUUCUGCAGCAAUUGGUUUCACCAGCGCCCAAUGUGGACAAACCCAAAGUCAGUUUGGGUGAGCUCAUCAAUAUGUCUGAGACACAUUUACGUGCGACUAGUAAUGUCGAUUCAGAGAGUGAUGUGAAAGAGACGACAUUCUCAGAGAACUCCGGUUCAUUGACAUCGACCAAUGUCGCGAAUGUUGCACGCACAAUUGCCGAUCCGAAGUUGGAGAAGAAAGUAACAUUCGCACGGCUGCUGAACAAAGUCUCUGCCGAAAUGAGUUCCGGUUCGGAUAUGGAUAUUGGACAUAUGGCGAAUACACGGAAUUCAAGUGCCCUCAGUCUGCCAACUGACAUACAGUUUCGCGCCAGCUCAGUGCCUCCAUCACCGUGCACAAAUGAUAUACGUUCACCGCACAGCACUUCAUCGAAUCAGGGUAGCGACUCACUAUCAAGUUCCGAUCUAGCACUGACCGACUUUGGUUUGCGUUCGAUGCAGACCAGUGCCAGUGAGAUUGGUGGUAGCACAAAUCACAAUACCCAUCUGCCGGUCGGUGUUGGUGGUAUGGGUUUUAGUGGUCCAUCUUCACGUAGUCGCAUCGGCACAACAGCACGCCCGAAAGUCUCCAGUGCCGACUCCAUUUUAGCCAUGUUCCGUAAUCUUGCUUCUUCUUCAAAUGCAACCUCAACAACAACUGCCUCAAACACUGCUAACAUAACGCAAAGCGCAUCUGUAUAUGUAUCACCAUCAACAACCCCAACCGCUUCUAGUCCACAAGAUGAUGCACCCGGUGACGAUGAGUCAUCCACUUCGUCUAUGCAUACACCGGUUAGUUUCUCUAGUGGACCACCCGAUUCGCCUGUGUUCUAUCGUCAAACCACCAUAGAGGUGCCCGUUCUCGAUGUACUCAAUGCGCACAAAUCCUCAUCGACACCAUCAUCGUCCAAUUCGUCAAGUUCAACGAAUUUGUUGCACCCACCGACGAUACUGCUGGAAAUACCCAGCAAUGGCAUCAACAAUAAGUGUCUGUCGCCGAUUCGUGAAAUGCCUACACCGAUCCCAUCGCCGGCGCUUACACCAAUCAUGCCACGGCCGCAACGUUCGAACAGUCCAAUAUUUCAGGACGAUCCGCUGUCGUGUGGCGAUUAUAGUGACGAUGAGCAGAGGAGUAUGCGUAGUGAUUGCAGUGAUGAGCAAAUGUCGGAGAAGAUUGUACUGGAUCUGCAAACGGGUAAAACGCAUGUCAUUAUUGAGAGUGACGUUGAGACUUCACCAACUGACACAGCCACCACCUCAAUGGCUGGUCAGAACAAGCAAGCGGAGUCGCUGAAUAGAUUACCGCUCUUACGUUUCUCACCACCGACGCCUACAACCGGCGAACGCCAGUCGUCUACUUCCAUUACAAAUGCUGGGGCAGUGGCAUUGAAGCCACCCGCGAUUGUCAUCGAUGUGGAGCCGCCAACACCAGAAGAGAAAACACCACGACCUCGUGAUCUAAUUAUACCAACAUUAACUGUGGAACAUCCAAGUCCAACGAAGAAUCGCCAUCCGAUGAUCAUAUUUCCAGGAUCGCCACCACCGCAACGGGCCAGCAUAGGUGAAACAAGUUUUAUGUUUCCAAAUAAGCAACAACAAAAAAGGCUCUUAAAACAAUUCGAUAAACCCAACUCGCUAGAAUUUCCCUUUGUACCACCCAUGAUUACCGUCACUUCCAACAUGAGUGAACUGGAAUCGGACACCGAACCAUUAUCUCCGGCCACGAAAACGUGCAACCCGGGUGGCCUAAUGCCACCGAACCCGGUUGGUAUGUGCUACCUGAGCCCCUUCACAAUGUGCAGCCGUGCCGACCGCACCAUCUCCGAAAGCAAUCUCAGCUCUUCCGGCUACUCGAGCAUGGCAAGCCCUGGGCCAAGCCGCUGCGGCUCAAGCAAUCCUUUGUAUCCCGGCGAAAUGGAUGAGCCAGGCAGCGGCCAUUCCAGUGGUGGGCUCUCUCUGCAUGUAAAUCUUUUGAACCGACGCAAGAACUCCGCCCUCGCCAGCUGCAAGGAGAAUAUAACCAAUGGCAAGGGAACGGACGCCGAAAGCGGCGCGACCGGCAGCAGCGCCGAUCAACUGCACAGACCACGUUCCGACUCUGAGACAUUCUCUGAUGAAAUCAUUUUGGAGUCCAACGAUGAAGGUAUCGGUACUGACCAUGUCGAUGAAAAAUUGGAUGAUAGCCGUUUGAGCAGCAAUCGCUUCAAAACAUUAGGUGCCUACAUGGCAGAGCACGUCUUAAUCGAAGUGGACGAGCCGCAGCAGCAGCCGACAAGCACGAGUGCCGCUAGCUGCACCAUCAGCGCAGGCAAUCAAAUGGCACAACUGCAACUGCCUUCCAUUGUGAUACAAAUCGACGGCAAUGAAAAGGGUCUCUCACCAGUGUCGUCACGCUCGGAAAGUCCGCUGAGCGAACGCGCCAGCAUGGGCCGCUUUUCACCGCACUUCUAUGGGCGUAAAGAUCAACUGCCUUUCACUGACUCAGAUGGACUCUAUGACUUUCCAUCGUCGGAUGGGAAAGGCGGCUCCUUUACCCAUCAGCGUCGCAGCAGCAGUAAAAAGCGUGAACGUAAGUCAUCCAAAUGCUCCGCAACACAGUCACCCACAAAGCAGCAGCUCGACUUACCGAGCAAGGAGUCGCUAACCACUUCGACAACAACACCGAGCAGCAGCGGGCAUGUGUGCAGUAAGCAUUGUCUUUCGCAUCACCACACUUGUCCGGCAUCGGCAACUACCACACGCAAGAGUCCAAAGCGACGACUCAAUAGUAGACCACCGGUUGCGAGUAGCUCUUCCUCAUCGGAAAGUCUGGUGUCUCCGAAGGAGUUGACUGCCUCAAGGCCACUUCCGCGGCGUCUGAACUCGCCAAAUAGAGAGAAACGUCCGCGAAAGCAGGAGAGUCUGAGCGAAGAAGAGGUAGCUGAUGCCUUGCUGCGGAGAAUUUCACCCAGCAUUGUAAAAGAAGAUACCGAAACAGUUAAGCCGAAAUGUAAAAUAAAUCGUUUGCGUGCAAUCGGAAAUCAAAUAAGAUUUUUGCGACGCCUCAAAAAAUCCAUAAAAACUCGUGAGCGUUUAGCUUCACCAUCGGAUAGCUGCCCGGAAGAGAAUACCGACGACAUGGACUCACCGCAGGCUACAUCACCGCUACUGCAACCGCAAUCGCCCAGCAAGACACGCAUAGCGUUGUGUCGACAAAAGCGACUGCCGAGCGGUACGUAUGGCAUUACAGCAGCUGCAUUGAAUUCCAGCAAUUGGAAGGGUAUGGAUCGUAGCCUAAUCGGUGAUGACUUAAAUAGCGAUUAGACUAACAAGGACCCAGAAGUACAAGUAAGACAUGCUUACGCACGUACAUAUAUACUACAAAUUUACUUGCAUGGAACAAAAUAAAAAGCGAAAGGCUGAAAUAUACGAAUAUUACGUAAUAUGGAAAUGUUAAAAGCAUGACAUGCAUCUGUAUAGGUUGUAGGUGUAAGUAAGUACAUACUUAGUAUUCAUUAAUAAUUAGUUAGUUAAGAGUUGAACAUGGAAUUGAUUUUUCGUGAAUGUAAGCCAGUGGUAGGUAAAUAAAUAGGUAGACAUAUUUACAUACAUACACUUGUGCACAUACAUAAACAAUAUACAUACAUGCACCGUUCAUUAUAGGGUAAGUAAAUAGCAUAACUCUUAAAACUCACGCUUAAAAAAAGAACACGAAAAUUAUUGAUUCCCUUCGAACAUAUGUAUGUGAAAUGUUUCCAUAGGGCGAGCAAGUACGUACAUGUCAAGACCUAAAUACAUAUACAUUUGAAAGUAUGUACAUAUUUAUUCCCAAGCAAUAGAAUUAUUCUAAAUUCCCUACCAGCGCCGACAUUUAAGAACAGCAUAUAAAACAUUGCUGAAAAUAAGUAAAAUAUAAAAAGAAAGUAUUUUUCAUAAGAGUAUAUUUCAGGAAAUUAAUAUUCAUUCCAUUUGUACAUACACACUAUGCUUACAUACAUAUGUAUAUUUAUUAUAUAAGCAACGAAGUUUAAAUACAAAUAUUGUUAGGUAAAUAAAUAUUUAGAAACACUUAAUGGAAGAAAUGUGCUCAACAAUUUGCGCUGUGUUAAUUUUUUUGACGAUAAAAAAUACCAACGCAAAAACAAUAAGUAAAGUAAAACGUUGUAGUCAGUGCGGUCGAAUCAAUGUCUCGAAAUUCACCAAUUAGAUUGCAUACAUUCAUAUGUAUGGUUAUCAUGUGUUAAUUUCGCAAUUUAAUUUUGUUAUGCAAAAUGAUCUCUAAUGUGCUGAACGUUUUUCUGUGAAAUUUUUGUUUUUAGUUUAAAGUAGGCCCCGAGAAAACGUUCGCUUUUUGUUUAGUUAUGCACGAGAACAUAAUGUAAUGUAAAACUAAAGGGGAACUAAACUAUUCAGAGCAGUUUGAAUGAGAACAAAAGUUUCGGGAUCUUUUUAGUAAAGAACAAAAUGGGAACAAAAGUCUCGAGACGCUCUCACAAGGAAAAAAUGAGAACAAAACCCCUCAAGAACAUUCUCAAGAAGAAGAGAAUGAGAAGGAAGCUUUCGGAAACGUUUUCAAUGAGAACUAAAGUAUGGAUAACGUUUUAAAGAAGGAUAAAAUAAGAACAAAAGUCUGGGGAAAAAAACCAAAACAAAAGUUUUGAAAACUUAACGUUGAGAGUGAGAGCUUACAAUGGUUUCAAAUUGGCAUUUUGUGUGCACAAUUCACUGGAGCCUUCAAUUUUCACUUACUUUG